GGCGCAGUUGGCGCACUGGCAACCCAGUGCCCAGCUCCCAGGGGCCCCGCACCACCUCACUGCCCACUCACGCUGCCCGGGCGCAGGGCACGGGGAGCCAUGCCCAGGGAGGCUGCAGAAGACAGCAUGGGAAGGGCCGAGGGUGCCGCGCCGGCAGAGCCCACGGACCCUGACAGCAGUGAUCCUGGAGCCAUCAGCCUGUGCCCCGUGGAGUCCAUCAGCGACCUGCACUUGGCCUCGGGCGGGCAGAAGGGCACAGAGGGCAAUGGCCCGGCUCCCUCCAGCAGCCUGCGCCGGCCUCCCCCUCAGACCGUGUCCCCUGUGCCCCCGGUGCUCCUGCCCACUCUGCGCCCCGUGCCCCCCGCCAGCCCCUGCCCCUGCCUCGGCCCUGGCCACCCCCUGCUGCUGGCCCUGCUGGUGCUGCUGACACUGGCGAGCCUGGUCCUGGCCACGCUGGCCAUCUACCUGAGCGUCCUGCAGAGCCAGUCCGUGCGGGCGCUGGCUCAGUGGCUGGAGAGCCAGGAGGACGCCGUGCACCAGCUGCGGGCAGCCAGCAGGCAGCUCUGGGCUCGCCUCAACACCAGCACCCAGCCCAGCGGGCACCGCUGA